AUCUUCCUUUUACCUAUCUUUUUAUUAUAAUAUGUACAAUAGCAAAAGAAGUGGUAUAUUAACAAUUCAACGUGCACAAUAUAAUAACUGGUGUAAUAAUAGAAAAUUAUCAGCGUCUAAUGUAGUUACUUCAACACCACCUAUCCAUAGAGACAACAAUCUUCGUUCGUUUCCGUUACCACCAGAGCUUUUAUUAGAAGUAUUUGCUUAUUUAACUGAUUGUCAACCUGCUCUUCAUUCCGCAUCUCUUGUCUGUACACAAUGGAUGUAUUGUGCUGCUCCCAUUCUAUAUUCUCAUCCCAAGAUUAACGAUACUUACCGUUGGGCGACAUUUAUAUUAACACUCACCAGAGACCGCAUGUCCUUUUUUUAUGGUGAUCUCAUUCGUUCUCUCGACUUGUCUUCGGGAAAGUCCAUUGAGGCUAUGAAGGACCAGGAGUUCUAUAGACGUCUAUCCAAUUCAAAUGAUGAUCAACUCCAGCAACAAAGAAUUACUCUUGUCAACAAUAUUUCAGACAGAAGAUCAAGGCUCAACUUAAAUGUACGUGAUAAUGGCUCUAUUAGAUUCCAGCAAGAACAACAAGAUUAUUUAAUGAAGGGGCUCCCCUUUAUUAUUGUCUCGACUUCUUCCCUUGUACAAAUGUCUCAUACCUGUGGAAAUAUUACCUCAUUAAAUUUAUCCUACACAAGUCUGUUGUAUGAUUACUUAGUUGCUGAAACGGGUGAAUACUUGUCAACUUUACAACGUUAUGCAGUUCAGCCUGGUUUAACUCAUAUUCAGAUACCGAUCGAACAAGCGAUACAAUCUAUUGGUAAAGAGUGUCUACAGUUACAACAAGUGAAAAUCCAAAGAUGUGAAUGGGUCACUGCUCAUGUUAUAUGGAUGUUUGUUUAUCACUGUCCCAAUCUAAAAAAACUGGAUGCAAGAAGGUCAACAAAAUGUACUGUGAAAAGAUUAAUUGCCAAUGUAUUAGAAGAUACUUCUCAUCCUAUACCAAAUCCAACAGUGGGAGAUAAUAACGGUAGCGACUCUUCUGUUGAAUUUCCUUCAUCUUCAUCGUCGUCAACAAUGGAUUAUAAUAGUAUCUUUAACGAGAAUUCCAAUCAAGAAGAAGAAGAAGAAGAGGAAGACGUUGAUGAUGAUAAUCUCACUGUUCAUUUUAGGUUGAACGAAGAAACAGGUCUCUAUGAGCAGCUUGAAAUUCCCAAUGAAUCAAGAAUGACACUUGUUAGACAACAUACUGAAGAACCAGAAGAAAGUAAUGACGCAUUUUGGCUUAUGCCUUUUCCCACCGCUGCGGAUGAAAUGCAUCCGAUUGGAUUGAGACCACCCUCACCACCUAACCUAACCUCAACAGGGAACAACAAAUCCCUCAAAAAUAUUGUAUAUGACAUUUUAUCUGAUGCUAAAGAAUCUGGCGCGAGCGAUUUACACUGGCUACAAGAUUAUUAAAUUUCACUUAUAUCCUCAAUGUAUAUAUCCUUUCUGCAUGUAUCCCAAAUAAUAAUAAAAAAAAACACUUAGUAACUUACA